CCGUUGCUAUGGCAGCACCUGUAAAUGCUUUUCUUCAUGGUCGAGUUGCCUGUUUGUUUAGGAUGAUAGAAAGGAACCUAUUGGAUCCAAAGUUACUUGUUAUUUUGUAUACUUCCCCAUAUGUUUAGUCAUAAUAAGCAGUAUGAUGUCUGUGGAUGUGCUCAUAGCGUGUGCUGUGCUGCAGGACCACGCUGAUCAGCUGUCAGUGUUAGGAAACAUCAUACGCCCGGGAGCGGAGACUCAGCAAAGGACCGAACUGCAUCUGAAAACAGCUCAACUGAUGGCUAGGAGCAGUUUGUCUGAUUUCACAGGAGAAUUACAAAAAUCCCAAAAGCAAAUAAGUAUUCAGGAGAGUCUACUUACUCCUGACAACCUAGCCAAAGUGCAGAGAGACAGGCAGUUUGUGUCAGACGUGAUAAAUGGGCUAAUGGUCGAGCUCCAGAAGGAAAACACUUUUCAAAGUCUCUUUUCAGCAGUAGGAGAGGACCGGAAGAAGAAAGUCCAACUUCUGGACAUAAUAAACAGGGAGGAAGAAGGUUGCCUCAGGAUUAAAGCACUGCAAAAACAAUUACUUGACAUUCGCAAGCAAAAAACAGAGGAGUGUGAGAGGCUAGAGGAGUUGGGGGCCUACCUUAGGGAGCAGGUACAGGACAUGAGGGUGAGGACAAACCGACAAGAGAAAUUUUUGAAGAGCUGUGCCGAACAGCUAGUCUGCCAAGGACUGAAACUCAGCAGUCACAAAGAGAAUGAACUGGAAGAUGAAGCUGGGAUGCUGCAAGAGAGAAUUGAGGAGGAAAAAAAUGUUCACAUGGAGACAGAGAUCUUCCUAAAAAGACAACAUGCAAGCCUAAGGGAAAAGCUCCAGUUUUGGAUCCAGCGGUAUGAGAAAGACAUGGAGGAGAAGGAGCAAGAGAUCUCUGCUCUAAAGAAUAAAAGAAACAACAGCCAUGCACGAAUUCAAGAGCUGUCCAAAAAGUGCAGAGACAUGCAAGAGGUUAUCAUUGAGGACAGGAUGGAAAAGGAACAUUUGCGUGCACAGCUGGAGAAAGAACAGAAGGAGAGAGGUGCAGCAACUAAGAUACAGGCCUGGUGGCGGGGGACUCUCGUACGCAGAGGACUGAGUUCUCCUAAGAAAGCAGACAAAUCCAAGUCUAAAGCUGGCAAAAAGAAGAAGAAAUGAUGACUGUCACAAUAGACUUCUUUAGUGGCUGCAAAAAAAAAAAAAAAAAAAAAAAAAAUAAUAAAAUAAAA